CCUAUGUGGCUGUUCUUUACAGAAGCUAAUGUAAUAAUAUGGCCUGUAGGCUAUCAUUGUGGGGGUGUUUUGUUUCUGGUUUUACGGUUUAAAAUGAGUCAAACAAAGUAAACAUGCUACCUAAGCUUAACAAACUGAACCACAAAGCAUGUUGUACGAGUUACUAAACAUUUGAAUGUGCUCCUGGAGACCUCAUUUUCCUUUGAUAGCUUCUCUUCGCGUUUUCUAUUUGUCUCUAACAAUUCGUUUUUUGUCCCCAAUAUUUUUUUUAAGCAUCUAUGUUCUUUAAUUAAGGGCAACAUCUUGUCGAGUGAUGAUGGAGGCAGACUCUGUCGAGGAUCAGCUUCUUCUCUUUGCUAAAGAGGGCAGUUGUUCUCAAAUUCAGAGACUCCUCCAGUCAAGAAUCGACCGAAACAGCUCUCUCAACGUGAACUGCAGAUCAAAAUCUAAAACCAGUUCAGGAUGGACCGCCCUCCAUCUGGCCUGUUACUUUGGACACAGGGAUGUUGUGGAGGAGCUACUCAAGGCAGGCGCUGAUGCAAAUUUACAGAAUAACAUGGGUGAUACACCUCUGCACAAGGCAGCCUACACUGGAAGAAAGUAA